UGUAAGGCGGGAUGGUAUGGUAACCAAUGUCAAACUAAAUGUAACAGUAACUGUAUCAAGGAAUGUGAUCAGUCUACAGGACGAUGUCAAAGUUGUAAGACAGGAUGGUAUGCUGACCAAUGCCAAACUAAAUGUAACAGUAACUGUGUCAACGAAUGUGAUCAGUCUACAGGACGAUGUCAAAGUUGUAAGACAGGAUGGUAUGAUGACCAAUGUCAAACUAAAUGUAGCAUAGGCAAAUAUGGUGAUAAAUGUAGUGCUGAUUGUAGCAGUGGAUGUUUAUCAAUGGGUACUGGUAUAUAUUGCAAGAGAAAUGGACAUUGUAGAUAUGGCUGUAUUGGUGCUUUAUAUGGUAGUCAUUGUAAUAAACGAUGUCCUUCAAACUGUGUCAAAUGUAACCCACGAACAGGUGAUUGUUCCGAAUGUAGUUUAACAUGGUACGGUAAAUAUUGUAAUCAUCAAUGUAUAGAAUGUUAUGAUGGUAUAUGUGCUAUGAAUGGAACAUGCAUUAAUGGA